AUGCGAGACCUCGCGGCUCAGGUAACGAGCAGCCUGCUGCAGUUUCCCGAGGUGACCAUUCAGGCUCUUGGGGAAGAUGAGCUCACGCGAGGGUCUGUGCUGCGCGGGCGGUUUUCCAGAGGGAGAGAUGGGCUGGCCUGGCUGGCGUGUGGCCCUCAGCUGGAGGUCGUGAGCGCUGUGACGGGAGAGCGGCUCUCUGCACACCGUUUCAGUGGAGCCCGUGAGCAGCCUCCCACCAUCCGCGUGGUGAAGGAGGUUUCCUGGCAGACGGGAACGGGGCUGCUGGUUGGCUUGAGAGAAGCAGAGGGAAGUGUUCUCUGCCUGUACGACCUUGGAACAUCAAGCGUGGUUACAGCAGUAGUUCUGCCAGGAAGGGUAACUGCUGUAGAGCCCAUAACUAACCCCGGAGGAGCCAGCGCGAGGCCUUGGCACCUGCACCGGGCUCUGCAAGGGUUUGGUGGCGUGGCAGCGGUGGCGACAGAUGUUGGUCAUCUGCUUGUGGUGGACCUUGGUUUGGAUGAUCUCUCUUGCAGUCAGAGGGAGAAUGAACCAUCGGGUCUAACAGUUGUCACUAGAGCUGCUGCUGGCGUUUCACAAGGAAGAGCAACCGUGAGCAGAGCAGGGAGACAUCUCUACCUUCAGUUACAGUGUCCUUCAGGAACAGCGCUCUCGACCCUGUGCUACAUCAGCAGAAGCAACCAGCUCGCCGUGGGUUUUUCCGACGGCUCCCUGUCACUGUGGAAUAUGAAAACUCUGCAGCGGGAGCACCACUGUCAGCUUGAAGGAGGAAGGAUUCCUGUCUGCGCCGUUACUUUUCAAGAGCCUGAGCACGAUCCUCGCAACUGUUGUUACUUGUGGGCUGUUCAGUCGACGCAAGAAAGUGAAGGCGAUGCCGUGAGUUUACAUCUGUUGCAGUUAGCGUUCGCAGACAGGAGGCCCUUGGCUUCAGGACAAGUCAUGUACGAGGGUUUGGCAUCCUGUGUUGAAAAGUACAGUUUGGAUCUGACGGGUGGAGCCUUUCCCUUGAGAGGGCAGGGCAGCAAGGCCAAACUACUCAGCUGUCAGGCUGUAGAAAUCUUUCCCAACUGCAUUGACAGAGAAGGCAGCGUUGAUGAAGUCAUAUCUCCUGACAUCAGUGUCUCCGUCUUCAGCUGGCAAGUGAACACACGCGGCCAGGGAAAACCAUCUACUUAUUUGGGUGUAUUUGACUUUGACUGCUGGUAUGAGGCUCAAAUGCCAGGCUCACUAAGGCCAGAAGAAUCCCUUCAGGACUGCCCCUAUUUUGCACUGUGGUCACUGGACGCUGUGACAAGCACGACUGCUCCAAACCUCCUUCUGGAUGUUGUGGUGCAGGAGCGCACCCUAAGCUGGAGAGUUCCUCCUUCUUAUCCACAACCUGAGCUGUGUUUUCACCCAAGCACCUAUAAUUUUGAUGGCACGUGCCUGCUGAGCUCUGGAGUUGUUCAUGUGACGUGCAGCGGCUUCCAGGAGGAGCAGUUAGACGCGGUCUUGUCAGCUGCUGCCCAGACAGGUUCUGUAGGGCUUCUGACUGGCUGCAUUAAGCUUUGGACAUCUAAAGAGCAGCCAAGUUCUGCUGCUAAUUUACAGUUUGCCCUUGACUGGACGUGGAGCAGAGUGAUCUAUACAAAAGACGAAUUUGAGCAAAUCUACUUGACACAUAAGCUGGCGGUGACCAGCCUCGCAGCUGUGUAUGCACGAGUGGUCCUCUGGUUCUGUGGGUCCCGCCUCCUGCCCGAGGGCUCAGGUGACGAGAUGCGUUUCUCUAGACCUUUCUACAAUUAUCCUCUGAUUCGGAGCUACUACGCUGGUCAUCGACAGCAACUGGAGCAUUUAUCAAGAGGCAAACGGGACUCUGACUGCCUGAUGAUCGAUGGGAUGGUUUCCCAGUUGGGAGACCGAGUUGAGAAGUUGUGGCAGAGAGAGGAAGGAGGAACGGGGAAAUACCCACCUCCUAGCUUACAGGCACUGCUGGAGCUCUAUUUGCUAGAAGGCGUUGAAGAAAGCCACAAACAUGCAAUCGUAUCCCUUGGAGUUAUUUCUGUCACACCUCCAGUAUAG